CCUCUCUGCCUUUCGUCACCCUUACCUUGGUGAAUGCACCAUAUAAGCGAGGGUUCUACUGCGGAGAUGACUCCAUCCGGUACCCAUACCGUCCAGACACAAUCACCCAUGGACUCAUGGCUGGGGUCAUCAUCACAGCUACUGUCGUCCUGGUCUCAUCAGGGGAGGCCUACCUGGUGUACACAGACCGUCUCUAUUCACGCUCUGACUUCAACAACUAUGUGGCUGCCAUCUACAAGGUGCUGGGAACCUUUCUGUUUGGGGCUGCUGUGAGCCAGUCUCUGACCGACCUGGCCAAGUACAUGAUUGGCCGUCUUCGACCCAGUUUCUUGGCUGUCUGUGACCCUGACUGGAGCCGAGUCAACUGCUCUGGCUACGUGCAGCUGGAGGUGUGCAGGGGCAGCCCUGCUAAUGUCACCGAAGCCAG